AUGGAAAUAAACACGAGCGUUGCCGAAAUUUGGUCGCUUUAUGCGAUUGCGACUACGAUGAUCGCGAUGAGAAUCUUCUGCCGCACAAAGAUGGUUGGCGUAUCAGGCUAUCGCCCUGACGAUUAUUUGGUUUUCUUUGCAUGGGCUGUAUAUACUACAGUAUCCACGAUGGCGACGCUCUUCGUGUUGGUCGCCCAGGGCAGAUACACCUCACUGCUUACACACGAACAGCGAGAGACGAUGCCAGAAUCAGAAUUCCCGAUUUGGGAGUACGGCUCGAAGAACUUCGUGAUUGGGAUGUGUUGUUAUGCCACAAUUGUCUGGACAUUAAAAUUAAACAUGCUUUUCUUCUAUCGACGAUUAGUUGAGGGUCAAUGGGUGGAAAAGUUCAUAUUUCCCGUCAUGGGUCUAGUUGGGGUUACAGCGGUCGCUAUGGUUUUAAUUAUUCUUCUAACUUGCCGUCCAAUCACCCUGAUGUGGCAAAUACGGCCGGAUCCUGGGGGUGCGCCAGCAUCGUUAACCUGUUGUUCGAAGGCGUUCCACUAA